GGAAGAGUCGUGAGCAGCUUUGAUGUCUUAUUGUGUUGAUCACCUUGCACCAUAAAGGAUAAAGGAGUUUAAUUUUUCAACAACCAGCCAGUAUCCAAUAUGGCUGAACCAGGGGCUGGAUUUGACUCGCGUGGUCUGGGGCUGCGAGCACAGAAGAAACUUCUGGGUAAAAUGUCCAGUAAGAAGAUUGCUAUGACGUUCAUUGAUGAGACCACGGGACGGCUACUGGACAAUGCCCACAAAGUGCUGAGGCAGUACAAGGGAAACAAAAAAGAGGCGGAUAAAUUGUUGAAGUACAUCAUCAAGUCUGUAGUGAAGGUGGGCAUCCUUUACAAAAAUGACCAGUUCAACAGAGACGAGCUUUCAACUGUGGACCAAUUCAAACAAAAAUUCCAUUCCCUGGCUAUGACUGUGGUGUCCUUCCAUCAGGUCGACUUCACCUAUGACAAGGCGUUCCUGAGGAAGAAUGUGGAGGAGUGCCGGCAGCUGCUGCAGAGCAUCAUAGAGCGCCACCUAACGGACAAAUCUAAGUCGCGGGUGGACCUAGUCUUCCACACUUUCUAUGAGCCGGAACUGUUGGAUGCUGUGUUCACAUCAGAGGAGUAUAAGCCCCUAAUGGACUCCAUUGUGGAAGACUUGACCAAACUCAUGGAUGAAGGCAACUUGUGAUGCUCGUCUUUCUAAUGGUUGUUGUCUCUCCGUGGAGCCGAGAUUUUCAAGCAUGGAUAUUUCAUUCCGUCGUCUUUUUGAAAAGGGAAAAAA